AUUUUGUAAUUUUAAGAAUGCUUCCCUAUUUACCUCCAAAAGUCAAACAUUUUUUAAAUUGGGAAUUACCUCAGUAUGUAGGAACUUAAUAUGAUGGAACAGAAACUUUUAAUCCUUUUUCAAGUCCAUUCAAUAGGAUAAUCAAUGCAGCAUGGCAUACAAAUCCUGAUUCAGUUCAUCAUCAUACUACAGAUUAUAGAUUAAUCAAAGCAAUAUGUGAUAAUGAUAUUAAUGAAGCUAAAUUGGCUAUAGAUUAGAAUCCUAAUUCUUUGAAUUCUAUUAAAUAUGAAUUCACUCCUCUUUCUUUAGCAGCUUCUUUAAAUCGUACAGCCAUUAUUGAUUAUCUAUUAUUAAGGGGAGCCUCAAUUGAUGAAAUUGAUAAUCAAGGUCGUACUCCUCUUAUUUAAGCUGUUAUUAAUUGGCAAAUUGAGGCUAUUAAAACCCUUACUGAAAGAGGUGCUUAAAUUGAUAAAAUAGGAAAAUAUGGUUAUAAUGCAAUUGAUUUAGGUAUAAAUAAUUAAAUCAUUAGCAUAAUUAAGAGGAUAUGAAUAGAUUACUAAAUUUUUAGUUUCUUAGAAUAAUAGACAUCUUUAAUUUUCAUAUCCUAAAUUUGAAGUAAUUCUCAAAAUUGAUAAAUAAAUUGAAUAAUAUAAAGAGAUCACUAAGGAUAUUGAAAAUGUAGUAUUUGAACCUAAGAAACUCCCAUUUAAUAAUUAUUAAGGACUUUAUUAGAUAAAUUUAUUAUGA